CCGGUUACCUCCCAAAAGCUCCGAAUCACGUGGUCCUUCCACAUCUCUUCCGCCCUUCACCGUGCCAUGGAGCCUGACAGAAUGGAAGGGACGGGUGUCAAGGGACAGAGAGUCCUCUUUGAUGUUCUGAAGGAACGAUCUUCGGCGUCCUUCCAUCGACAUGUCCAGGACACCAAGCCUCCCGGCUGUGCCUGGCAGAGCCUCGCGAUGGCCUUGCACAACGGAUUUGGGCACCAAGACGUUGACAAGGCCUCGAAGAGCGGGGAGCUGUUGGAACUGGAGCGCGAGCUGCGGAGGUUGUUGGUGCACAGCUACCAAGCACUCUCGCCAAAGGAACUGAGGUUUGUUGCAGAAGCAAAGCUGCAAUGUGAGCUUUCCUUCUUUAAGCACGCUGGAUAUUUAGAGGUCGAGGAGACACUACAACACUGGAAAUGGUAUUUGUACUGUUUGACAUUUGACAGCCACUCAUUCACUGAGAGCAGCCUUAAAGGCUGGAGUGUAGUCCCAAGGACACCCCUCAAGGGCGCUUUUGUAGUUCGAAUGCCGUUGGACUCGGUGGAUUUGGCCAUUUUUGCCCAGCUUCUUGAUGUGCAAAUUCUCCUUUUCCAGCUCUUUCAGCCCGCACUUCGCUUUGGAGCCGGAGAGACUUUACACUUGCUCACUCAUGGAGGCUUGUGGGCACCACUUCUAUCCUCCAAGCAAUGGCUACAAGAAAAAUCAGACUUGUGUGGCAGCGUCGUUGAGAUCGACCGCCUCGGGGGCCCUUUGGCACAUUUGGCAGGGAAGAGCGCUUGUAUUCUCAGCUAUGAUGUGGAGAACGAUUGUCAUAUAGCUGCGACAUGCAAUACACGAUUCCCAUUGAAGAGUGUCCAGAUUAGUCGCAUCCUUGCACGACCUGAGGACGGAUUAGUCACUCACGGACGCUGCGUAUCCCGCAUGCGAGGGACAGCUUUUCGUGGCAUUCCCGACUCCUCCAUAGACUUUCAAAUCUUGUCGUAUCUCAUCCGCCUGGAUGUGGGACAGAGAUUGGACGACUUGCAUGAAGAGCUGGCAGGUCGAUGCCGGCGUCCGGUGUCGGACUACUGCACUCCAAAUAAACAUGUGCCAUCUGGUCAUCCCAACGAGCUUUGUACGUCCACAUUGCCUUUGCAACAGGUUCUUGAGAUGCUCUCUGAAGGUACGAAGGUUUGGACGAAGUGCCUUGCUGCCGUUGGCCCUAAGCGAGACAAGGCAGCCGAAUUCUUGACCUGCCGGAUCCAGGAUUUCAUUUGCUUGGAGAAAGCUUUGGAUGAAGAUCCUUUGGCUUUCUUGGCUCAUACCGCUUCAGACCCACAAGCCAAGCAAAUCUCCAUGGAUAUCGUGUGCUCCUGGCUGGUGCUUGAAGACUAUCUUCCACGCCAAGCGCAUCCCAGAUCCCACGAGCUCCUGGAGCUUCGCGAAGGUGAUGCGGUCCUUGUGUCGGAGCGGCAGACGGCCAAGUGGCACGGCUGGGCCCGAGGACGACGGCUGCAGACGAGCGAGGAAUCGCGGAAGAAGGAAGGCCUCUUUCCGAUGGCAGUUCUGAGACCUCGUCUUUGGAUUGCAAAGAUUGAGAGCAGAAAGGAGCUGCCAAAUAAGUCUGAUUGAACAUGAUUGAACAAUGUACACGAGACACCAAGACACAA